GCCUGAGAGGAGGCACCCGGCUGCCUCCUUAGCGCCGAAACUCGUUAAAUGUCGACGUAUUGACGUUUCGCGCGCGUAUCUCGCUCGUUGCGGAUGUCCUAGUGACGCACGGCAUCAGAAACGCGUCUCUCUCUCUCUCUCUCGCUCUCUUUCUGUGUGCUGGUGUUUAGUGAGGCUAGCGAAGAGGACUGAUAUUCGAUCGAGUUUCUACUCUCGGCAGAAACAGGUUGUCGUUUCAGGACAUUCGAGAACGAAAGCGUUCUAUAACGCGCUCGCUAUGAAGCCCUGGUAUCAUAUUUUGGUGUCCAGUUUCGAACGGACGACGGUGGCAGUGCGCUAGAGUGAAGGAAGACGACGACGUCACGAGUCGACGUUUGGUGGAAUGAUUGACAUCUCUCGUCUACGAGUUGAUAUUUGACGAAAGGCCAUUGGAGCUUCAAAGAGAUGUUUCGACGAGAAACAGGAGACGGAUCCGGAAGCCAAUGAUGUGACUCGUGUCAGGAGGAGCACGAUGACUGCAAGUGCGUUGACAGGUCAUCGAUAGCGAUUAGUGCGAUUAGUUUCGUGACUGUGGCUCUCCGCGAAGAUUGUCAAGGACUUGAAUAUGUUAGGCCAGUGAAUGAGACUUGAUGGACCGUGUGGUGAUCCCGUGAACAGUUUUAGAACGUAAGUGCGUUAUCGAAAGAAUGCGCGGUGCUUGAAGGAUUAACUUGGCGUGGCCUCGCGACUGGCUGUUAAAAGCCACCAGGCGAGUGUCUCGAGCUUUUUAGUUUAGCUCCUUCUAUAUCCGCGCGUGGCAUGUGUACCACGGAGAUGACGGAAUCGUACACGAUGUCGCCGUCGACAACGGUAUCUUCCAGCGCCGUGACGCCCGGCUGCGUGAGCGGCUCGUCUGCACACCGACGGACAUCGUGCAGAGGCUCGCCGGGUCGAGGAGAUGUUCAAGACGACGAAGACGAGAUCUCUGUAGGCUGUCCCAGUCCGCUGCCGCUGGUAGUAGCGACACCCAACACGGAAGACGAGUUGGCCUCCUCCAGGGAGGAUUACGCCGACCGUCUGAGCCCCAGGAGAACCUAUCCACGAGACUCGAUGACGGAAGACGAAGAGAGGGAUUAUUCCCGCAACGGGGAAUACAGGAUGUCGAAUGGAAGAACAAGUAGCAGAACUCGCGAGAGCGGUGAUUCGGUCACAACGCUCAGAGAUGACGAGGAGGACGAGGAAGAAGAGGAAGAGAUGGACAGCAGGACCGGUAGCAACGGAGCAGCGGCCGCUGGUACCACGGACGAUUACUUCAAGCCGCUGAAGCGCCUGAAGAUGGUGCAGAUGCAACAUUCGGAUGAGGAGGAUGAAAGGGAACGGGAAUCCAAUGAUCGCGGAGUUAAAUCUUUCAGUAUUCUCGAUAUCCUAUCGCAUCGACCGAAGGCAAAGAUCGUUCGUCCCUGGGACACGACGGAUUCCGGUCUUGGCCAUCAACACCGUCAUCAUCUACAGCAGCAGCAGCAGCAGCAGCAGCAUCAUCAUCAUCAUCAUCAUCAGCACCAUUUGCACCACCAUCAUCACAGUAGUCACUCGAGUCACGCGACCGGACCCCGGGACCUCUCACUGAUGGGUAUGUCACUCGCGUCUAUGUCCGGUUCUAUCAGCGAGCCACCUCUCAGCAGCUCCUCGUCGUCCGGAAGGAGCUCCGUGUCGGAUUCCGGUAGCCCGGACCCGCUCGCCCAUCAUCACCAUCAUCACGCCGCGCUUCAUCACGCGGGCAUUCAUCCUGGCCUGCAUCAUCCGGCGCUCCAGCAGCCGCAGCAGCAGCAGCUCAAGAGGAAAAUGCCGCAGCAGCACGGCUCCCACGCUGGCCAAAACGGCAAGAGAACUACAGGGCAGGGCAGUCCCUUGGACGCACUCUUCCAAAUGACCAGCAAAACCUUCGACGCGGGCGAACACAGUCAAGAACAAGCCAAUCACUUAAACCUGUUCAACAAUCGCCAACAGCCGAAGAAGAAGCGCAAGAGUCGGACCGCGUUCACGAAUCAGCAGAUCUUCGAGCUGGAGAAAAGAUUCUUGUAUCAGAAGUACUUGAGCCCAGCCGACAGGGACGAGAUCGCCGCUCAGCUGGGUCUGAGCAAUGCCCAAGUGAUCACGUGGUUCCAAAACAGGAGGGCGAAGCUCAAGAGGGAUAUGGAGGAGCUUAAGAAGGACGUGCAGACUGUGAAUCCACUUCUGGUCGCUCAACAUCACAAGACUUUCCUAGAGAACGUGCAAGAUCUGGGAAUCUUAAAAAAACGACCAUUGCCAAAUUCCAUGGACGAGAAAUCGUAGAGAUCAACUCGAAAUCGACUUUUCGACCUUCUAUGUGCAAUUGAGGCUCGACAAGAAACUCGGAUAACGAACAAUUAUUCGUAUAAUAUCAAGUGUUUUCGACCGAAAUGAAAGAUCGAACCGUGAUACAUAAUUUCGUGUUACGAUGUUAUUAUUCGGGCAAGCAUGUACGGAAAUUUAUACGCGUCAAUGACUGCAUUUUGUAUAAUAGUCUUCUUUUUACGUAUGAUUCGAUUCCUUGACGCAUUUUAAUGCGUCUUUCUUGAAAAAAUUGUGAAAAAUGUAAUUGCGAUAAAAAGCCCCUUUUAUCUUCGAUCAAAGAUCUUGUCUGUCUAAUAAUC